AUGUCGGCGGGUUCAGCGGCACUUCCACCGCGUGCUACCUCGACGCCGAGCGGAUCUACGGGCAAAGGCAAGAACGGCAAGGCAGACAAAGAGAGGGGCAAAGACAAGGACAAAAAGGGCAAAGCCAAGUUCAAGCGCGCAGUGGACGGUGGCGCCCGCUGUUUUCGGUGCGGGGACUCCGCGGUGUUCAUCCGCACCGAUAUCCCGCCUUGCGAUUGCCCUGGAGCGCAGAUUGACUGGUCGAGCAUCCCUGGUUACGCGGACCUCGUCUUUGUCGAAGACUCUGACGGCGACCAAACCAAGGCCAGCAAUGACGACAACCUGAAGAGUAACGAUGAGGACAAGGACAUUGCCAACGACAAGAACAAGGAUAAGGACAAACUCAAUGACAAAGACAACGAAGGGGACACAAAUAAUAUCAAUGAUACGGACACGGAAAAGAACGCGGACAUUGUCACGGACUUGGGCGACGUCGCCGCUCCUCCUGCAUGGCCUUUGGGAGGUCACGUCAGGCUUCAUGGACUCAACACCGCCUCGCUGAACGGCACGAGUGGUGUCAUCUCACAGCUGCACGCUGGCCACGGCCGCCUCGGAGUUCAGGUUCACUCGGGGGAAGUUGUCGCCAUGAAGUUCCACGAAUAUCCUCAAAGCCACUUCUUCGAGUUCUCCUUCGAGGACUUCUUCACCAUGUUCGUCGGUUUCGUCGCCUUCGAGGACAUGCUUGGCGCCGCGGCGCCGACAGGAUGGGCCCGCGCUCCCGAGCACGCUCGACUCCUCCUUGUCUCCUCCUCUGAACUUUCCUGCCUAAGUAGCAUGGCGCCAACACCGCAACGACCUAAGGCUAGCUCGUGCAACGCUGCGCGGCACGCAGUGGCGCGACCGGCGCCGCCGUAG